AUGGUGGAGAAGGAGGAAGGCGGCCCCGGCGGCAUCAGCGAGGAGGAGGCGGCACAGUAUGACCGGCAGAUCCGGCUGUGGGGGCUUGAGGCCCAGAAGCGGUUGCGGGCUUCCCGGGUGCUGCUGGUGGGGAUGAAGGGUCUCGGAGCAGAAGUGGCGAAGAAUCUCAUCUUGGCAGGAGUUAAAGGCUUGACCAUGCUGGACCAUCAGCAGGUUUCCCAAGAGGACACACGAGCUCAGUUCCUCAUCCCUGUGGGUUCCUUAGGCCGCAACAGAGCUGAAGCCUCGCUGGAGCGGGCGCAGAACCUCAAUCCCAUGGUGGACGUAAAAGCUGACCCCGAGAGCGUGGAGAGCAAGCCCGAAGAGUUCUUCACCCAGUUCGACGCAGUCUGCCUAACCUGUUGCUCCCGGGAUAUUAUGGUGAAGAUCGACCAGAUUUGCCACAAGAACAGCAUCAAGUUCUUCACCGGCGAUGUUUUCGGCUACCACGGUUAUAUGUUUGCUGACCUUGGGGAACACGAAUUUGUGGAAGAGAAAACCAAGGUCGCCAAAGUCAGCCCAGGUGUGGAAGAUGGGCCGGACACCAAAAAAGCCAAACUUGACUCGGAGACCACCAUGGUGAAAAAGCGCGUGGUUUUCUGCCAGCUGAAGGAAGCCCUGGCCGUCGACUGGAGCGGGGAGAAGGCAAAGGCGGCACUGAAACGCACCACCCCAGAUUAUUUCCUCCUCCAAGUGCUGUUGAAGUUUCGUACGGAUAACAGCCGGGAUCCUUCCCCCCAAAACUACACCGAGGACUCAAAGCUGUUGCUCCAGAUCCGCCACGAUGUCCUGGAGUCACUGGGGGUCAGCACUGACCUGCUGCCGGAUGAAUUCGUCAGCUACUGCUUCUCCGAAAUGGCUCCUGUCUGCGCUGUGGUCGGAGGCGUCCUGGGCCAGGAGGUGGUCAAGGCCCUGUCCCAGCGGGACCCCCCCCACAACAACUUCUUCUUCUUCGACGGCAUCAAAGGCAACGGGAUCGUGGAAUGCCUGGGCCCCAGCUGAGCUCAGGGCAGGUUUGGGGGGGUGUCAAGCCCCCCCCUUU